CAACCUUUCAUUUUUUAAUCUUCAGUUUCAAUAAUAGCCUCAUUCGCCAAAUCCAUCUUCUCCCUCUCUUUCUGUCUCUUGCUCGUAGAAGGGAGUAAGCAAUGGAAAUGGCAAUUAGCUUCAACAACUCUUCCUUCUGUAUGAUAAAUCCUAACCCUGUUAUCAGAAAGACAGCUUCUUCUUCUCUGCUCAAUAAGCAACUACUUGGUUUCAGCUUAUCUUCUUCCCCAAACACUAGAACAUCGCUCAUGUGUCGUUCAAAAAAUCAAUUUAAUGGUCUUAUCAAAUGCUCUGUUUCUCAAGCUACAGAAACAGCUACUGAAAAGAAGGCCCAAAUGAUGAGGAGAAGCGAUAUAAGGAAUAUAGCUAUAGUUGCUCAUGUUGAUCAUGGAAAGACAACUUUGGUUGAUGCCAUGUUGAGGCAAUCAAAGGUAUUUCGUGAUAACCAAUUCGUACAAGAAAGGAUAAUGGACUCAAAUGAUCUAGAGCGUGAACGAGGGAUUACGAUACUGAGCAAAAAUACGUCAAUUACUUAUAAGGAUACCAAAAUUAAUAUAAUAGAUACUCCAGGACACUCUGACUUUGGUGGUGAAGUGGAGCGCAUCCUCAAUAUGGUGGAAGGAGUCCUUCUAGUGGUAGAUUCUGUUGAAGGACCAAUGCCACAGACAAGGUUUGUUUUGAAGAAGGCUUUACAGUUUGGCCAUGCUGUAGUUGUUGUUGUCAAUAAGAUUGAUAGACCUUCAGCUCGUCCAGAUUAUGUCAUCAAUUCGACUUUUGAAUUAUUCAUUGAACUAAAUGCAACAGAUGAACAGUGUGAUUUUCAAGUGAUAUAUGCAAGCGGUAUACAAGGAAAGGCUGGAUUAUCUCCUGAUGAUUUGGCUGAAGAUCUUGGGCCGCUUUUCGAGUCUGUAAUCAGAUGCAUACCUGGACCACGCAUUGACAAAGAUGGUGCACUACAAAUGCUUGCAACAAAUAUUGAAUAUGAUGAACAUAAAGGACGAAUAGCUAUUGGGCGCCUGCAUGCAGGAGUUCUGCGGAAAGGAAUGGAUGUGCGGGUAUGUACAUCAGAAGAUUUCUGCAGAUAUGCAAGAGUUAGUGAGCUUUUUGUGUAUGAGAAGUUUAUUAGGGUUCCAGCAGAAAGUGUGGAAGCUGGUGACAUCUGUGCAGUUUGUGGAAUUGAUGACAUUCAAAUUGGGGAGACAAUUGCUGAUAAAGUAUCUGGGAAGCCAUUACCUUCUAUCAAAGUCGAAGAACCAACUGUGAAAAUGGCUUUCUCUAUAAACACUUCACCAUUUGUUGGCCGGGAGGGAAAAUAUGUGACUAGCAGGAAUUUACGAGAUCGACUCUACCGUGAGAUAGAAAGAAAUUUGGCUAUGAAAGUUGAAGAUGGUGAAACUGCAGAUACAUUUGCUGUUAGUGGGCGUGGCACUUUACAUAUCACCAUAUUGAUUGAGAACAUGAGAAGAGAAGGAUAUGAAUUCAUGGUGGGACCUCCCAAGGUCAUUAACAAAACAGUGGACGGCAAAGUGUUGGAACCAUUUGAGAUUGCCACUGUGGAGGUACCAGAACAAUAUAUGGGGCCUGUGGUUGAACUUCUUGGCAAAAGGCGUGGACUGAUGUUUGAUACGCAAGGUGUUGGGUCAGAGGGAACAACACUGCUAAGGUAUAAGAUCCCUACCCGUGGCCUUCUUGGACUAAGGAAUGCAAUUUUGACGGCUUCUCGUGGCACCGCAAUUCUUAACACGAUAUUUGAUGACUAUGGUCCUUGGGCUGGAGACAUAUCUACCCGAGAUCAGGGUUCAUUGGUUGCCUUUGAGGAAGGAACAUCUACUUCUUAUGCCCUUGCUAGUUCCCAGGAGAGGGGGCAGAUGUUCAUUGGUCCUGGAGUGGAUGUUUAUAAAGGUCAAAUUGUUGGUAUCCAUCAACGACCAGGGGACUUAUCACUGAAUGUGUGUAAGAAAAAGGCUGCUACAAAUGUUCGUUCAAAUAAAGAACAAACAGUGGUUCUUGAUACCCCCUUGGAUUAUAGUCUGGAUGACUGCAUCGAGUAUAUUCAAGAAGAUGAACUCGUGGAGGUUACUCCCUUGAGCAUCCGAAUGUGCAAAAAUCCAAAGCUGGCAAAAAAGACAAGAUGAACGAUUUAGACUUUACAUCGAAAGCCGGCAGAUCGAACAUCCUUGCUGACUGCUCUGAAUACAAAGCCUUAUACUUGCAUUUAAAUUCAUACCUCAUUAGCCACACCAUCUCAUUCCCUUUUCUCUUUCAUCGCUCCCUUUCCCUCUCUCUUGCACCAAAACCAUUUUGAAGCUCCCUGCCAUAUUUACAUUAAUGAUUUAUGUAGAAUGAAUUUAGGAAUACCAAGGCAUAUCAAGUUUUGCUUCCAUGGAGAUGAUAUUCCGUUGAACCAUCAUCCGUGGAGACGUCAUUAGUUAUUUGUAUUGCUAGGAAAUAAGCAAGUGAAGGUUCUCAGGAACUGUAAUACAGAAAGAAGCAAUCUUUCUCUGAGACCGGACAGAUGAAGAUAUUUUUUGUUUAAUAUAAUGAAAUUAUUGGGUGAAGCAGAA